CUAUGUGGCAGCCAUUGUUUUGCUUUGAUAAAGCGAGGAAGCGUUCCUUCGCUGUCUCGAUAACGUGUCAAUAAGCUGCUCGCAUAAACUUCUUCAAAGGAAGUGAUGAAUGAUGGCGAAUCUUUUUGCAAUCGCUCUUACCGGAGACAAACGAGUAUUUCAGCCCGGCGAUACAAUUUCUGGCGUGUUGCUUCUGAAUACAAACAAAGAAAUUAAUCUCAGAGGUGUUCGUGUUGAGCUGCAUGGUGUAGGGCAUGUGCGUAUUCGUUCAGGUAAAGUCACCUAUGCCAGAAGAGAAAACUAUCUGAGCUUUCAGUCAAUUCUUCUAGGAAGAGGUAAGAUUUUCUCCGUGUUAUGAGGGACUACUUUCAAAAUUUAACAUUUUAAAUUAGCAACAUACUAGUUAGACUUACGACGAACACAAAUCAGUCACUCGUCUUUCAAAAUAUUCAUUGUUGUAACACUACCCUGAGAUCUGAAUAUCUUUUUUUUAACAACUUUUUGCCGGUAAGUAUGAAUGUAGCCCUCAGUGUGAAAGGGGUUUCGAACAGUGAAAGAAAACCCAGCCUUUGCAAGCUUUCUCGCUCGAGCCUAAUUUCAUUUUCGUAUUAUUAAGUAGCUGCUAAUUUGAAUGCAGAUGGGAAAAUGCGGGAGUAGUCCAAGUUCUGUUGUUUGUUUAAUAUUUUUUUUCCAUCAACUAAACGGUUUCCUUCCCCACAAACGAUCCUCCUGAAGAAGUGAAUUGCUAAAAAGGGAUUUUCGUCUCAAGAAACACGAAACAAGACAAGCAUUUUUUCGUUCCAAAGUCCAAUUAAUUGAGUCAUUUUCAGCGUUACAGAAAAUUUUAAUUUAAAUUAAAGAAAAUGAAAAACUGUUUGAUAAUGUAGAUGCGUUACCCCACAUAUUGAUGUUUCGACCGCGAUAGUGUGCCAACUAGAUUGUUUAUGUCAGCUUUCCCUGUUUGAUCAGUUUGAGGCGGUCCGUAUGAGGCUUAGUGCCAGACCCCUCACAGACCCCUCGGCGGCCUCGCACUUUCUCGCGUGCUCUGGACAAAAGCGCUCUUACUCGGUUUUUCGGACGCUUCUCAAUAAACACCUUUGUGAGAGAAAACUGAUUAAAUUUUCUCGUUUGAAGAUGCAAAACGAAGAUUAUUUUUUCUUUGAAGCACUAGAAUCCCAAAUUCAAAUAUUAAAACAACAGAUGCGUUUCCUUCUAAAAAAAAUUACUGUCUCAAUAAAGGCUCAUUUUCAAGCAGCCAUAACAGUAAAUCAAAGAGAUAAGUAGCAGGCAGAUCAAGACUCCGAAAAUUCUCAAUUUGAUUUUUCAUGAAAAUGGCAAUAGUGACACACUACACAUUCAAAAUAGAUUUCAGUGUCUCCAUUCCCUUUUUCACCAAUGGACAUAACUAAAAAAGUGGAAAGAGGUAGAAUCACGAUUAGCUCAGUUUUCUCACCCUUUUGAUAAGGUUGUAGCCAUUCGAUAACUUUGCUUGCUUGCAAGAUCGUUCUUCAAGAGCUAGAUGAAAUUAAAUUAUCUUUCUGGACCCAUCAGCGCUUGGUCGAUCGAAUCUCGAAAGAGAAAGGAAAAAAACCCCGACAGUUAAUACUGGCGAAUUGGCGUUCAAUCAAACCAAUAAAAGCGCGUUACACUUUCUUUCAUCAACUCCUCGGCAGCGUUUAACAUAUUCUGAAAAUAUCUGUAUUUAUUAAUUUGACCUUAAUCUUAUUCAUUUCGAUCCAAACUAACGUUUAAUUUAUUUUCAUUAAAGCACCUUUCCAAAACGGAAGUGACGUAAAGCUUCAACCUGGAAACUACAAUUUCCCUUUUCAAUUCCCACUUCCUGUGUCCGCAUUACCAACAUCAUUUGAAGGUACCUACGGUAGUGUACGAUAUUGGUUAGACGCUGUGGUGGAGCGACCGUGGAGAAUUGACCUCAAUACUCGCACACCACUAGUUAUUGUCGAGCGCGUGCAGACUAGGAAUCCAGAAUUCCUGGUAAGUACUGGCUCAAAAUGUAUUCCAGGCCCAAGAGGGAACUCUUCUAGAUGUGGUUCGAGGGGGGAGCCACCGCAAAUUAUCUUUGCGCAUCGAAAACAAACCCAAAUUAGAAUCCCUUACAUUUUCGUGUCCCCUAGUGCAUGAGGCAUUGUAUAACGGACUGUCUUUAUAGUCCUGAACAUGAUGUAUGAUCACAUUGCUGAUUCUUUCUUUGCCCUAUGACUCUUUGGUUCUAUUGAAUAACAGCAUAUGCUGCACGUUUUCCUAAGAAGAAAUGUUUGAUUUUAUAAUUGAUUUCAUGAAGGAAGAAAGAAAUCAAAAUUGAAAGUCCUAGAGUAAUCAUGUCGGCGAUCGCUCACCACGUUUUGGAUACUCUCUGAUCAUUUGUUGUCCACAGGAACCAAGAGUGAAACAAGAAGAUCGUAUGUUGGGAUGGCCAUGUUGCCCUUCAGGUCAGCUGCACACCAAAGCCCGCAUAGAACGUCUUGCUUAUUGCCCUGGUCAGGAGGUCAAGAUAUCUGGGCAUGUUAAUAAUGAAAGCAGCAAAACAGUUAUCGGUUUUGAAGCGCAACUUGUACAGACAGUGCUAUACAAGGCACCGGAAGGUAAGGAUUAACUUUUACACCAAUAGAAGCGGCAAGCAUCUCAUUUCUCCUCACAGUGUCGCCUCUAAUUCAAAGUGACAUUAAGCUCAUGAAAAAGAAACAAAUGAUCGCCACGAAAGGAGCUCUCGAUUUUGCAACCAAUUCUCUUUUGAGUACCGAGGGAAACGAAUAGAGAGGAUUAUGGAAAAUUGCAUACUGAUCUUAGGAUGUUAUGUUAGGACGGGCCUAUGGUGGCUUCAUUUUUGAAGGGACCUUGAUUAAGUUUUGUCUGUUUGCCUUUUUGCUUAGCUACAACACGUAAAGUCUGACACUGGCCAGCCAUAUCAAUAUUACAGAAUAUAAUGGCGUAAAACACCAUCAAAAACAACAGCAACAAAAAAAAAACAAAUCAGCAGACGAAAGGGGAUAUAAUCCAUGUAUAUUUUGCAGCUUUUUGGUGUGAAUACUUUUUUUAAAUUGAAUUAAGACCUUGAAGAGGAAGUGAUGCGAAAAAUGUUGUGUAAAGAGGAUCUUAGGAUGUUAGGGGUUAAGGAAUGAAACAUUGCUUGAAAAAUUUGAAGGAGGGAUGAAGGGGCAAGGAAGUUUCUACUCCCUAUCUACGGGCCUAUCUGACUUCACCAGUUAUGUGCCGUGUUUUGUUCUUCGUUCAUAAAAUUUUUUUUUUUAAAUCCUUUAACUCCCAAUGUCUUAUUGCUGAUUCUCCACACUGUCAACCAUUCAUCCCUAAGCCCUCGUAGAAAUUAAGUUCAUUUAUCGGGAAAAUGAUGAUGAUGCUCGGAUAUUUUUAUGGUGGCUUCAUUUUUUAAGGGACCUUGAUUAAGUUUUGUCUGUUUGCCUUUUUGCUUAGCUACAACACGUAAAGUAACAGAGAAGCUUUACAUCCUAAAGAAAGAACAAGAACUAGCACCUGGAGAUCAAACCAAUGUCGAGCUUGAUUCUUUCGUCAUUCCACCUGUACAACCAACGACAAAAGGAUUCGGAUGUAUUGACAUUUCGUACGCAAUCAGGGUAAGUGCUUGUCUCACAGGGUAUAGUUGAAGGGGUAUAGUUUAUGGCCAGAGUUUUACAGAUAUUGUUCCUUUGCGUUUUAAGGCUCCUCCUUGGUACUUUUUUCUCCCGAUGAGUCGGUAUCGCCAUCAGUAACCUUUGCCAUUGACAGCAUUGUGGGUACUUUGAGCGGCACAGUCGCGAAAACGCGCGGUGAAGCCGUGGGAAGCUAGGGACAUGAAAUAGUUUCUCCCCCCCCCCCGUUUUCCGUCCCAGGCGUCUCUUACCAAUCUUCUAGCUCCAUCGCUCAUUACUAAGGCUUUAAAGUAAACCCAAGACCGCCAGCUACCUAGGAAAAUUAGUGAGGUAGCAACGGCGCUUUUCAGCUCGAGUAAAUACAGUGUAAGUCAGCUGAGCACUAAUGCGUGCAACUUCCAGCCGCUUUUCCGACCUCUUUGAUUCAGUUGACGUAAAACUGCCGCGGGAAGAAAAACUCAUGUUCCAUGCUGCUUUUCUGUUUACUUCUCACUUUAAUUGUUCUCCUUGCUUUUAUGAAGGUAAACUAUCAGACACGGUUACACCUGAUAAAUGGUUCUCUCCAAUGUCAAUUCAACACUUUUUGAUUGUUAAUUCCAUGUAGUUCAAAGUACGCGUGAAGAAGGCCUUCAACACCGAAAUAAUAUUCCCAAUUGUGAUAACUACAGUACCUCCUAGCGCCGAGCCCUCCGUUGACCCAGUCUUGAGAGAGCACAUCUACAUAGCCCUUGCCAAUUACCUUGCGUCACGUGCUGCGGCAGAACUAGACAAUGAUGCACAAGAAGCGACAGAGGGAGAAAGGAACACUGUUUGGGAUGGAUCACCUGCUCCAGAAGCCAAUCGUAAGUAA